UUCCUACGAUGCAGUGAUGUUUUCAGGUUUCGAGUGAGAACUGACGACCUGACGCGAUGAGGUCGAUCCUCAGUGCAUUAUUUAUUGCUGUCGCUGUUUUCGCAGACGACAAGUCAUUCUGCGAGAAGAAAUGUGCAGAGAAAUAUUCGGAGCAAGAAGAACUCAAGAUUGCGUGCAACGACGGUUGCGCGGGACGUGCAUCGAUCACCGAUGGUCCGUUCUCGUUUGUCGAUUGUCACAAGAAGUGCGACAGCAAGUAUGGCGAGGGUAAUGAGACUAAAGGGGAAUCGGGAGCACAUGUCGCUUGUGCAUAUGCCUGCUCUCUUCCAAUGAGCAGAAGCGUUUUUAUGUCAGUCAACUACGCUAACGGCGAAAAACCGGUUGUCAAAAUCAUCCGCAAAGAGGGAGAUGAGGUUAGCACGUCUAUCGAAGAUGCUCCGCUCACAGGAAGUGUUGAUGUGGAUCGAUUUGUAACAAAUGUACUUGGCGACUUGAAUCGACAUAUUCUUUCGUUCCGUAACCCCUUCAACUCCGAUCCUGCUGAAGACUUUAUUCCUUCUCCUGAUAUGAUGAUGGGACCAGGACCGCACAUGAUGGCGAUGCAUGAACGAAUGAAUGCAAUGAUGGAUGCUUUCUCGAGACAGUUCUUCGAUGGUAUUCGUCGCCAGAUGCACAGACAGCACCAUUCUGCCAUGAACAGACCCAGCGGUCAUGAUGGCUAUGCUCACAUGGGUCCUGAAAUCGGCAACAUGCUAUCGAACGGAGAACCCAUUAUUAUCACACAUCCGGUCUCUGCAGUUGAUGAAGACGACGCCAGGGCCCGACCGAUCAAAGUGGUACGUUAUCAAAUGACAUCGAACCAUCCGCCUUCAGUUUUUUACUGGAUAAUGAUUGUGUUUGGAAUUGGAGCAUUGCUGCUGACGCUUUAUGCAUCCGUCAUCUUUUUCCGCGUAAUGCGCUCCGCAGCCUAUAGAAGGAUCUCGGCCGAUGCUCCUGGAAGACGCCCUGCUGCACCUCCGGCACCAGGGGCACUGCCGGUGAAGAAAGUACCUAUAGAUGGAUGGGUGGAACAUAGUGAACCAGCUGGUGUGCCACCGCCGGCCUACGAUCAGGUUUCAGUCCAUUCCAUCCACAAGGAGAAGGUUCCCGAUCCGGCUGAGCAGCCUCUCAGCGAGGCGGAAACAACUUCUCCUACUCCAGCUAAUGAGCAGAAGUAAUUCCUUUUCCCUUUUCAUUGCUUGAUCCUUUUGCAUACCACCUUUGAAAUAUAUAUUUGACUUCCACUGGUCCAUUGUUUUGCAUCUCGCGUACGUGGUAGUGCUGUCUGUGUUGACCGAUCAUAGUUUUCUUUGACUAUGUUCGCUUGGACUGGUGGUUCAAUAAUUUUAUCUCUUCUCCCCUUUUUAUCACUAUGUAGAGUUUAAUCGAUUGUGUGUAAACGUGCGUCUGUGUAUCAAAUCAUAAUACAUGUGCAGAACAUAAUAUUGGUUAUCCAUUGAAACGGUUGUAUUGGUACAUGUAUAAAGAUUGCAGAAUUCCUAUUUUUCCUUUGAAGCUGGUCAUAAACUGUUU